AUGAAGUUUUCUUUAUCCUCUCUUUUACUUUUUGGCCUCAUGGCUGCCACUUGUACAUUGGCUUCGCCUAUAUUUGAGGAUUCUACUUCGGUUUCCCACUUCAUUGAUAGAAAAGAAGGUUUUUCUGAUCAUACUCUUGCAAAUUAUGAUGAAAACAAGGAUUCUGAUAUUUCAAAUACACAUUUUAAUGGCGAAUAUACUACAGGUAUUCAUAGUUUGACAGAGCGUGAUGUCAAGUACCCAGUCCAGCCAGAUGCUGCCCUUGUUGCUAAGAUCAUGGUCACUUUAAAAGCUGAGCUCUAUGUCAAAGUCUUUGCUUCUAUCACUGCCAGUUUCUGUGAGAAGGUUUCGGCUUCUAUUAGCGCCAAGGCCUCUUUACUUGGUGGGCUAAUUUCUGUAGGUGAUGUCCAACUCAAGCUUAUUCAAUCCGCUGUUAUCAAAAAAUUGCAAGCCAGUUUCGAUGCUGAAUUGAAAGCCAAAAUUCAAGUGGCCAUCUAUGCAGAGCUUGAAGUCCUUCUUAAGCAGCUCCUUGGUUCUUCUCCUCUUGAUGAAGUUAAGUUUUUAGAGAAAUUGACCGAGUUCGAAAUCAAGGCCCAGGCUCUUGUCAUUGCUCAGCUCCCAAAGAUCAGUGCUGCUUUGGCCGUUGAAGCCAAGGCCCAGCUUGAAGCUGCUAUUAAGGAUGUCGAAGUCAAUCUUCCUUUACUUGCCAAGGCUACUAUCAGUGCUAGUAUCAACGUCGAAGCUGCACUGAAAGUUAUUAUUGCUGUUGCUCUUGAAAUUGCUGCCAAGCUUGACGUCAAGGUGAUUGUUGAUGCUAUUCUCAAGUCCUUAUAA